GUGUGUCGCUCUGCUCGGGGUGUGCGGGCGUCCGCCACGGUCUCUGCGCUGGGAUGAGCCGGGCUCCCGGUGGAAGCGAGGGAAGCCAGCCGCAGCAGCCAUGGCCAGUACAAUGGUAGCAGUUGGACUGACCAUUGCAGCUGCAGGAUUUGCAGGCCGUUAUGUUUUGCAAGCCAUGAAGCAUAUGGAGCCUCAAGUAAAACAAGUUUUUCAAAGUCUACCAAAAUCUGCCUUCAGUGGUGGCUAUUACAGAGGUGGGUUUGAACCCAAAAUGACAAAGCGGGAAGCAGCAUUAAUACUAGGUGUAAGGCCUACUGCCAAUAAAGGGAAAAUAAGAGAUGCUCACCGACAAAUUAUGCUUUUAAAUCAUCCUGACAAAGGAGGAUCUCCUUAUAUAGUAGCCAAAAUCAAUGAAGCUAAAGAUCUACUAGAAGGUCAAGCUGGCCGGAACUACAUUCCCGGGAGGGGUGCCCUGUAUCACACACUCAGCCUGGCGUAG